AUGAUGUCUGAAGAGAAAUCGACUGAAGUGGCCAAGGUCGCCGACGCUGAAGUAAACGUCGGCGAAAGCACUAUGUAUACAGAUCCAGAGGCCGAAAGGUCCUAUGUCAUGAAAAUUGACUUUAUUGUCCUUCCAACGCUUUGCUUGAUGUACUUCUUUGACUGCAUGGAUCGGAGCAAUUUGGCAAAUGCAAAGACAGACGGUCUUGACAAGGACCUGAACCUCAAGGGAAAUGACUAUUCGCUAUUGAUUCUACUCUUCUAUAUCCCCUUUGGGCUGUUCGAUCUGCCAUGGAAUCUUUUGAUCAAGAGAUUUUCCGGCAGAAUCAUGCUUUCUAUUAUGUCUAUUGCGUGGGGAGUUCUUGCACUCUGUCAAUGCGCCGCUAAGGAUUUCGGCUCUCUACUUGCGAUUCGCAUCAUCUUGGGAGUUUUCGAAGCUGGUUUCUUUGCCGGAGCCACCUUUUACCUCACGUUGUUUUAUACGCGUGGAGAAAUGGGAUUCCGCCUGGCUAUCGUCCAGUCUUUUGCAGUUCUCGCGUCUGCAUUCAGUGGGCUUAUCUCAUUUGGAGCAUUCCAGAUAAACCAUCCGGUAGUCAAAGGAUGGCAGUGGCUUUUUAUUAUAGAAGGAUCGAUGACACUAAUCACCGGAGCAGUGGCAUUUCUCGUGCUGCCAGAUGGGGCACAGAAUGCCUGGUUUUUGACGGACAGAGAGAGGGCGGCAGCAACAGCACGGCUGCUUCGGGAUACCUCAUCGGAGGUGGACACGCCAUUCGAUCUCAAGGCUUGCUUUGAGUCAUGGAAUGACUGGAAAUUCCCAAUAUGGUGUCUUAUUACAUUCACAUACCCCGUUGCCUAUGCCACUGCAAUGAAUUUCUUCCCAUUGAUUGUUCAACGACUCGGAUACUCCGUCAUCAAGACUAAUCUCUGGACGGUGGCGCCAAAUCUCGUUGGAGCAGUAUUCUUGCUAUGCGUGGCCAAGUCAUCCGAUUAUUUCCGCGAAAGAACGCUACAUAUUGUCUUUUCGUUGACAGUUUCCUUAGUCGGAAUGAUUAUAUUGAUCGCGAUUGACGUCCAGAACAACAAAGGGGUGGCAUACUUUGCCUGUUUCCUGAUGGCAGCAGGAUCAUAUAUUCCGUCCUGUCUCGUUCAUGCCUGGCACAACAAUAACAACGUCCACGAGAACUCGCGAGCUGCCAAUACGGGGUUCUUUGUAGGACUGGGCAAUUUUGCUGGAGUAUUGAGCGCGGUCUGCAUCGUUCUUGUUCUUGGGUUGGGAGGCUGGAUGCGCAUGGAGAAUCACCGCCGCGAUAGCAAACAGGGACUAAGAUUGAGAGAUGAUGAGACUAAUACCAGUCAGUUUAAGGAGGGCGAGAAGAGUCCAGAGUGGAGGAGGCUGGACACUUCCGAUGCCAAGAUGCGAAUUCAUGAAGCGAAGAUCAAAAGGAGUUUCAUCAAUUUGCUUUACACAAUCUGCUUAUGCCUGCCAACCGGGUUAAAGUGGACCAGUAUCCAGCAUCAUUUCAAACUCCAUGUUGGCGAGGCUGAGUAUACAGCAAUUGUCGACGGUGGUCUGGUAGAUCCAGAUGGGGAAAUGCAUGUCUUAGUUGAAAUCAAGGCUAUGCAUCUGUCAGAGAGUUCGGCGAAGGAAGUCUUGAUGCAGCAGGGACUUGAGAUGCUUGCGUGGAUUACUACCACGCUCGGUAUUAAAGGGUCAAAGGGACCAAGAGUUGAAGUACUCGAUUCACCGAUCAGAAGAUCGGAAGAGAAGCUGUGUCGCAUUGAGUCGUGCUCAAAGCUGUCUCGUUGUCGUCGGAUUGAGAAGAUGGGAAUGGCUACGCAAGUUGGCCCAGGCCAGGGUUUCCAGGUAUGGGAGCGCCUUGUCAAGCAACACGAGCAGACUUCUACUUUGUGUCGCGUGAAGGGUAGUUCAGCCCUUCUCAAGCAGCAACUCGGGAUCUCCGAAGGAAGUUCUGGAUAUGAGCGUGCUCUUCGUUGA